AUGGGCCUCUCAGACUCUAUUAUAAAGGACCACCGGGAAUUGGAAGACUAUUACAACCAGAUCGUCAAUGCAACCGAUGAUGAUACCAAAAUCCGGUAUCAGAAUCAGUUCACUUGGGAGUUGGCACGUCACUCCAUCGGCGAGGAGUUGCUGGUUUAUCUCGCCUUUGAGGAACAUUUGGGCCAAGAAGGCAAACGGAUGGCGGACAGAGACAGACAGGAACACCAAGUGGUCAAAGAGCAACUGGCGGAGUUUCAGGGCAUGAAACCCACCGACGCAAACUUCAUCCCCACGAUCCAAUCUCUCAUGGGGAACCUAAGCAAGCAUAUGAAGGAAGAGGAAAACGAGGACCUACCCUCGCUGGAGAAGGCUCUAUCGCCGGAAGAUAGCGAUAAGCCUGAGAAAUCAUUUAGGCGAACAAAGAUGUUCCUUCAUUUCCCCGCUCGCAAUCCCCAUGGCACCGGAUAA